GUUGGGGGGCCGGUCGCCACGGGGCUUGGGGCAGAAGCCGGGGCUGCCCUCGCUGUCGUGGCCCUCUUCUCCCGGGGCAGCGAGGUGCCGAGUCGCCACCGCCCCGCGGCCCCGCCGGACGUUGGCUUCGGGGGCUCGCUGGUCCCAUUUCAGAUCUGCUUGGUAAACCAAGUGUACCACCAUGCUGGCAGCAAGACUUGUGUGUCUCAGGACACUACCUUCCAGGGUUUUCCACCCAACUUUCACCAAAGCCUCCCCUGUUUUGAGGAACUCUAUCACGAAGAAUCAAUGGCGCUUAACACCCAGCAGGGAUUAUGCCACAAAGACAAGAUUUGGGAGGCGUACCAAAACUCAAGAACUCAAAGAGGCAGCAUUUGAACCAUCGAUGGAAAAGAUAUUUAAAAUUGAUCAGAUGGGAAGAUGGUUUAUUGCUGGAGGGGCUGCUGUUGGUCUUGGAGCAUUAUGCUACUAUGGCUUGGGAAUGUCUAAUGAGAUUGGAGCUAUCGAAAAGGCUGUAAUUUGGCCUCAGUAUGUGAGGGAUAGAAUUCAUUCUACCUACAUGUACUUAGCAGGAAGUAUUGGUGUGACAGCUUUGUCUGCUCUGGCAGUGACCAGAACUCCUGUUCUCAUGAACUUCAUGUUGCGAGGCUCUUGGGUGACAAUUGGUGCAACCUUUGCUGCUAUGAUUGGAGCUGGAAUGCUGGUACGGUCAAUAUCCUAUGAAAACAGCCCAGGCCCAAAGCAUCUUGCUUGGUUACUGCAUUCAGGUGUGAUGGGUGCAGUAGUGGCUCCUUUGACCAUAUUGGGGGGGCCUCUUCUCAUCAGAGCUGCAUGGUACACAGCAAGCAUUGUGGGAGGCCUUUCUACUGUGGCCAUGUGUGCACCCAGUGAGAAGUUUCUGAACAUGGGAGCACCUCUAGGAGUGGGCCUGGGUGUCGUCUUUGCAUCGUCACUGGGAUCUAUGUUUCUUCCACCUACCUCUGUGGCUGGUGCCACCUUGUACUCAGUGGCAGUUUACGGUGGAUUAGUUCUUUUCAGCAUGUUCCUUCUCUAUGAUACCCAGAAGGUAAUCAAGCGUGCAGAAAUAACACCGUUGUAUGGAGCUCAAAAAUAUGAUCCCAUCAAUUCGAUGCUGGGAAUCUACAUGGAUACACUAAACAUAUUUAUGCGAAUUGUCAGUAUUCUGGCCAGUGGUGGAGGCAACAGAAAGUGAAGUGACUUUGCUUCUGACUUUGAAAAUACUUCAGAUAUCCUGUUCGUUUAAUAUGCACUGAUACUCAUUCAUUUCUUCAAGCAGCUUUUGAAGUUUAAAAAAUCAGAACUUAUCAACACAUUUCAAAUGUUCCAAUAAUAUGAUGCUUCAGGUUUGCUUUCUUUCUGAAGAAUAAAUUCAUUCGUUCUCUACUAAAUAAGCAGAUAUAUUUCCAUUUCUCAUGUUUGAGUAAUUCUAAAAUGUUACAGUAAAUACGAAAACUAAGAUUUGUUUUAUAGUUGUAAUAAUUUAAGUUAUGAUUUCUGCCUUCAUAGCACCGCACUGUAGCACUGUCGCCCCGCUGUUCAUUGAUUUGCUCAAGUGGACACCAGUAAUGUCUCCAUUGUGAGACUUGUUACUGUUUUGGGCAUACCGAAUACGCCACAGGUACCUUGCCAGGCUCUGCCGUGUGGGCGGGAUACUCGAAGUAGCUUGCCGGGCUCUCCAAGAGGGACAAAGGAAUCGAACCAGGGCCAGCUGCAUGCAAGGCAAACACCCUACCCUCUGUGCUAUCACUCUGCCUUUAUAUUUUUUGGAUUCGGAAUUUAGAUAAUGUGAUCUGUAUGUAGAGAUUUGGUAAAAGGACUGACUAAAAGAGUUAAAAGGUCACAGCUGGAGCUGUAGCACAGCAGGUAGGGCGUUUUCCUUGCACGAGGCCAUCCCGGGUUCCAUUCCCAGCAUCUCAUGUGGUUGCCCGGGCACCACCAGGAGUAAUUCCUGAGUGCAGAGCUAGGAGUAAUCGCUGGGCAUCGCUGGGUGUGACCCCGAAAAGAAAAAAAAAAAAUCAUCCCUAGUCUCUUUGAAUAACUUUGAAGUUUAGCACUUUUAUAAAUACCAGUGAUUCAGUGAAAGUCUGGAUGUAUAGGAAUAAACAAGUCAUCACUUUCUGCAUUUAUCUGCUGAACUUACAAAAUACUAAGCUUAAAAACAAGGUACAGGUGAUUGAUUUUCUUGCUGUUCCUCAGUACUAUCUUUACAAUGUAGAUGUAAGGACAGACAAAUAUUUGGCAUUUGAUUAUAUGAUAUUAGGACCAUCCAGAUGCAAAUCAUUGGAGAAAUUCCUCGUAUAUGUGUAUAUUUCUUAUCCUUGCCAUAAAAUAUAUAUGUACAUAGAGCUAACACGGUA